GCUGCGGAGUUGUUAAACACAGUAGGGUUAUGGCUGGUCUGGGCAAUAAUUGGCUAAUUGUACACUACGGUGGGGAAAUAGAAAAGCUCAUGUUGGAGUCAUAUAAGAACUACAUAGAUUUAGCGACACUAAUUACUUUUUAAACUUUACUGGGAAUGGUAUAUGAUAUACUGAGCGACUGGGGCACGUUCUUAUUUUCUAUUCUCUUGAUUAGCGGCGUAUACGUGACGUUGUUGUUGUUAUCAUUAGCAGUACAGACGUAUGUGUGCCUGAGAGACCCCCUGCAUGUCCUCUUCUCCCCGUGUUAUUCGUAUCCCAGACUAGACACUGUAUUGUGACAUCUGAAGAUUACACUGUAUACAGAAGAUUGCAGUAUUAGAAUACUAAGCUUGGCUGUGAAAUGGAUGAUGAUAUUGUAAAGGGCAGUGCAGACUAUUGUGCCAGACAAGGGAUCGUAGGUCUCUUGUGACCCCACCCCCAUGUGAAUCCAGUGCACUGCAAAAGUAUUUUUCUGAAGGUUUUCUAGAAAACUUAAUAGAAAAGCCAUAAACUGUUGUGACAAGCACAUGUAUUAUAAGUCUAAUAUUUGGCAUUUACUUGUUUUAUUUGGGUGCAUUCAGCUCCCAAGCUGCUUCAAGGCCAAACAAAUUCUGUAUUGGGAGGAAGCACACCAAUACACACCAGCAAUAUUAAUUCAACAGAAAUGUGGCACUGGCUUUUUGAGACCAACCCCUUCCUCAGUCAUCGGGUAAUGCUAAACAUGGACAAGAUGAAACCAGAUAAACAGAAGAAUGAGUUGAUUGUAAAUCAUGUUUUAGACAUCAUCUAUAUGCUGACUGGAGAGGAAUAUAUCAUUGAGAAGAAGAAUUCCCAUCCUAACUUAAAUCAUUCAAGGACAGGAGAGGUGCCUGUUAAGUAUGAUGAUGUUGCAGUCUACUUCUCCAAGGACGAGUGGGAGUACUUGGAAGAGCAUAAGGACAUUUAUCAGAAACUACUGAUUUCAGAUGAAAGGAAAUGUGAUGCAUUUAGCAAGUUUUCAGCUAGGAACUCAGAUAACAGCAAAACAGAAAUGAGCAGUGGUCUACCAAAAUUCACUUUUUUGACACCACAUGGCAGAGCCAUCAAUAAUAAGAAAACCCGCCUGCAAUUGUCCUCUUCUGUACAGUUUACCCAGCUGAUGCACAGCAUUGCCAGGCUUGGAAGAAGGGUGGCAAAGAUUGAUAGGAACAUUUCCCAUAUUCUUAAGGAGUUUAAUACAAAGAAAACUGUCUCUGCUACACAGUACCAUGGAAGCGAGUCACUUAAAGAAGAUGGAGUAAAUGCCCCAAGACCUAUUAAAAAAGAGAAUAUGCUGUUAGAUGUGCAUCAGGAUCUUGUUUAUCAGGCUGAACAAAGUAUGUCCCCACAUUCCUCAUCUGAACCCUUGGCACAGUCACAAAGCUUAAGUGAACUCAUUUGCCGCACCAAACAAAGUUCAUACACCGGGUCUGUACCUGCUAAUAGCCCAAUGUUUGCAAAUCAUUUAGAAAUAUCAGAACAUUUACAAAUACAUUAUGACAGCACUAGCAAUGCAAAUUCUAACAGGGAAAUAUCACAGAGCCCCCCUCCUCCUCUGGUAACAUCAGCAAGUAGUGUGGUUACUGCAAUGUCCAGUGAUGCUCUGGAUGAAAAGCCACCUGUACUCACCAAUCUUUUAAAAAAUUCACAAUGCCACAAAACAGAGCCGACCGGUAUCCACACCUUAAAUCCAAUAGAGGAGACAGAACCAGAUAUCCACAUUUCUGAAGUUCCAAAGUCCUUGCAUAAAAAAUUACUAAAAACAAGCUUGCCUAAAACAUCUUCUGUUAACAUGCCCUCUGUAAAGUGUCCAGCCUUUAUUAUUGUUUCGAAAGUGUCGGAGCAGAACCAAACAAACUAUGAGAGUCUUCGCACACCAGAUACUGUUGGAGAGCCACUACCAGAUAUUCCCUUGGCUACAAUGACAGCAGGUUUAUUGAACAAUUUUAAGAUGCAAAGCCGCGGUCAGCCCCACAGAUUUGCCCAACUACUAUUUCAGCAUCAUGUACCGUACUCACUGUAUAAAACUUGGACACACAAUACCAAUUUUGAUGGUUCUCGAGGUAAACAUGCAUUGCCUAAAAACCUAAAACGUGUCAUACUAAAUGAAACUUCAGUAGCAUAUAAAAUGACACCAGUGGUUUUAAAGAAAAUAAAAGACACAUUAAAUGCUCUGCUGCGGAUUCCUAGAACUGGUGGCUGGGAUUCUACUUCUGAUAACGGGUGAAACAGAUUUUGCUUUAUGCUCUUUCAUCGAGGAGUAUUGUAGUACUUAAGUGAAUAAUGGGUUUAAAAGCAGAGAGUUUGACUGCUACGUUAUCUAUAGUAUGUUACUAUGAAUACAUGACAACCAGCUUUGUGGUGAUGCUGCCAGCAGAAGUGGGUCUUCUUAAAACUUAUAUUGCAAUAAUGAGUUUCUAGACUAUGUAUGAGUCAGUUACUGUACAUAACAAUGUUUUCUCACCAUUUAUUAGACUUUAAGGCUGCCAAUUUUGACAGCCCCAUUUUAAGUAUACUGUGUUGAUGAACUACUGUACAACUGUCAGCUGUUAUUGGGUUGGUAGUUGUAUGUUUAGACUCUAUAAAGUUGCGUGAGUGUUCAAGAUCAGAUCAUACAGAACUUUAAUGACAACUUUACAUUACUUUUUUUUCUUUUAUCUUUUAUUUACAUGUGUCCAGGUUGUAUAUUUAUCGAUAUUAAUUGUUUCUGACCAUGUGUUAAGAAAAACUAAAUGAAAUCUAAGAAAACUGCCCUAGUUCCAAUUUUUUAUUCCCUGAACAGGUAUGGGACCUGUUAUCCAGAAUGCUCGGGACCUGGGGUUUUCCGGAUAAUGGAUCUUUCCGUAAUUUGGGCCUUCAUACCAUAACUCUACUUGAAAAUCAUGUAAACAAUAACUAAACCAAUAAGCUGGUUUUGCUUCCAAUAAGGAUUAAUUAUAUCACAGUUUGGAUCAAGUACAAUGUACUGUUCUAUUAUCACAGAGCAAAAGGUAAUAAUUUUAAAAAAAUCUGAUUAUUUUAUUAUAAUGGAGUCUAUGGGAGACAGCCUUUCCAUAAUUCGGAGCAUUCUGGAUAAUGGGUUUCCAGAUAAUGGUUCCUAGACCUCAUUAUGCUUUGUAAACACAUACCUUUGUCUACUCCAGACACCUUGGUCUCUUAUCAAGUACCAAUGCAGCUGUCAAAUCAGCCAAUAUAUUUUUGGUACCAAUCAUGAAAUCUUUUAUUCAAUAAACUUUGAAUAAUUUUAACAAAUUUGUUUAUGCCACUAUGUUGUUCCAGUUCAAGCAAAUUGGAAACAAAGCGUCUGAUUUUUUUAUAUUUAUGCACGAUUAUUUUUGUUUGUAAUUUAGCUAUAUGCCACUAAACAUUUUAUACUUGGGGCCAUCCUUAUAAAGCUGUGUAAUUUAUUAUGUCACAAAAGUUAUUUAACAAUUGGUAUAAAAUAAAUAAUGUAUUUAUGAUG